AUGUCCUCUCAGCCGGUAAAACCGCCGUUGGCUGGCCAAUCUUCUCAUCCUCAACGAGGCUCCCAGUCAGGGCUACGAUAUCCUUCGACCGGCAAAACGAUAUAUCAUAGACCAUUGAAUCGUAGUAAAACACAGGAGUUAAGCCAGGCUAGCUUUGCAUAUCUAUUCGGGGAGAUGGUUAGUUAUGCGCAAAGACGGGUUACUGGUAUUCAAGAUCUUGAGAAGCGACUGAAUGUCCAAGGUCACCCGAUCGGCCUCAAACUCCUCGAUCUUCUUAUAUACCGCGAACCUCCACGUACCCAAACACGCCCUCUAAACAUCAUCGCCCUUCUCCAAUUCAUAACCACUGUUCUCUGGCGUCAUCUCUUUUCCCGACCAGCAGAUGCCCUCGAGAAAUCUUCAAAUCCAGAUACUCCAGAAGAAUACAUGAUAUCGGACAAUGAACCUCUGGUGAAUCAAUAUAUUAGUGUCCCUAAAGAGAUGAACCAGUUGAACUGUGCGGCGUUCGUUGCGGGUAUUAUCGAGGGUGUUUGUGACGGAGCGGGGUUCCCAGCUAGGGUGACGGCGCAUAGUGUGGGAAGGGGUGAGGAGGGAGAACUGUGGCCUGGAAAGACUGUGUUCUUGGUUAAGUUUCAGGAGGAAGUGGUGGAAAGAGAGGCAUUUUUGGCCAAGAGUUAG